CAGCCGCCCAUCCCCAGCCACGACCACGGCUUGACGACCACCUCGCACGCCGGCACACCUCGUCGCACCGCCAUAUAGAGCUCGAGAUAUAGCGAGGAUACCCCGCAACAUUGGCUAGCAACGAUGAGCUUCUUCCGCUCAGGCAGCAACACCCCGCAACCAGGGCAGGCCCCAUACUCUCGUGUCCCUCCGGGAGGGAGCUACCGCGAUCAGGAGCCUGCAGCACGGCCGCACAGAGUACCACCUAGAUAUGACGAACCUGCAGAGAAGCGAGGAUAUGACUCCCGCAGACCUGGGGCGCAAACCCGGGGAAGCUUCGGUGUAGCAUCGGCACCAAGCGAUAUAUUGGCACUUUCAAAUUGCCUCAUCGUACACCCGUCUGACUUCUCCCAGGGACAGCAUGUCCUGGUCAAGCAGCAAUUCCCGCUCACGACUCGGCACGACAACACAGGCAAGCUCGCUCCGGGCACGAUUGGUGCCUCCGCCACCCAACGGCAAUGGAUCGGGCUCUCGCUCACCGGCGACGAAGUGACCGUCGAGUCCAUGAGCGUGCCGCCCUACCUCCAGUCUGUCGAUAUGGAAGUCAGCUUCCUCCGCCGCGGGCACGAGGGAGCCGAGCAGUUCUCUGCGGAUGAGAUGGCGCGCAACUUCAUCAAGGCGUUCAGCGGGAUCGUCCUCGCCGUUGGCGAGAUCCUCGUGUUCGAGUUCCACGGCCAGAACUUGAAGGCGGUCGUGAAGGGCCUACAUGCGGUGGACCUUCCUUCGAAGGGUGGAGCGACGGAGGGACAGCAUGCCCAUACGCACCAUCCGCACGGAGUGGUGAUGGAGAAGACAGACAUAACUUUCAUCAAGGCCAGCGACAGCUCGAUUAAGAUCAAGUCGAGUGCAAAGAAGGCUCCCCCGAAUGCCAUUCUCGCUCCUAACUUCAAGUUCGAGGACAUGGGUAUUGGUGGUCUCGACUCCGAGUUUAGCGCGAUCUUCCGUCGUGCCUUCGCCUCGCGCGUGUUCCCGCCUGCCCUCGUAGACAAGCUUGGCAUCACGCACGUCAAGGGCAUCCUCCUUCACGGCCCACCUGGAACGGGUAAGACCCUAAUGGCCAGGCAAAUCGGCAAGAUGCUCAAUGCCCGCGAGCCGAAGAUCGUCAAUGGUCCUGAGAUUCUCAACAAGUUCGUCGGUGCCUCGGAAGAGAACAUCCGAAAGCUUUUCGCGGAUGCCGAGAAAGAGUACAAGGCGAAGGGCGACGAGAGUGGCCUCCAUAUCAUCAUCUUUGAUGAAUUGGAUGCUAUCUGCAAGCAGCGUGGGUCGACAGGUGGCGGCACCGGCGUUGGCGACAGUGUCGUCAACCAGCUGCUCUCGAAGAUGGACGGUGUUGACCAAUUGAACAACAUCCUCCUCAUCGGCAUGACGAACCGUCUCGACAUGAUCGACGAGGCGCUCCUCCGUCCGGGCCGUCUCGAAGUGCACAUGGAGAUCUCGCUGCCCGACGAGAGGGGCCGGCUGCAGAUCCUGAGCAUCCACACCUCGAAGAUGCGCCAGAACGGCGUGAUGGCGCCGGACGUGAGCCUCGACGAGCUCGCCGCGCUGACGAAGAACUUCUCGGGUGCGGAGAUUAACGGCCUGGUGAAGAGCGCAACCAGUUUCGCGUUCAGCAGGCAUGUGAAAGUCGGCACGCUCGCGGGCAUCUCGGAUGAUAUCGAGGACUUGCUGGUGAACCGAGAUGACUUCAUGAAUGCGUUGGAUGAGGUGCAACCGGCGUUUGGUGCGUCGAAGGAGGAGCUCGAGCAGGUUGUCGAGAACGGGAUCAUCCACUUCUCGUCUGUCAUGAUGACAUCUGCGCUCUGGCAAGCUCUUCGUCGACCAAGUACGGGUAUCUACACGUACGCCGCUUGUCAGCGUGCUCCUGCACGGCCUCCGGGCUCCGGCAAGACGGCGUUGGCAGCGACGAUCGCCCAGGCCUCGCAAUAUCCGUUCAUGAAGCUGCUGACGCCCGACAGCAUGGUCGGCUUCUCGGAGUCGCAAAAGGUCGCGGCGAUCCACAAGGUGUUCGCCGAUAGCUACAAGAGCCCGCUCAGUGUCAUUGUUGUCGACAACAUCGAGCGACUGCUAGACUUCACCGCGAUUGGGCCGCGGUUCUCCAACACGGUCCUGCAGACCCUGCUCGUGCUCCUCGCGCGGAGGCCGCCCAAGGGCCGCCGCUUGCUGAUCCUUGCUACGUCAUCUCUCCGGCCGGUCCUUACGGACCUGGGCAUCUCUGAAGUCUUCGACUCCGAGCUGCGCGUCCCGCCGAUUUCCAGCCUUCGCGCGGUGGUCCGUGUGCUCGACGAACUCGAGAUAUUCCCGAACGACACCGAGCGCCGCCAGACGAUCGGUAUGCUGCAGCAAGCAGGCUUUGGUAGCAUGGACGCGCCGGACGACGACGCAUCGUCGAGGCUGAACAUCGGUGUGAAGAAAUUGUUGAGUAUCGCGGAGAUGUCGCGCCAGGAGCCGGAGGAGACUGCAGAGAGACUGACUCAGUCGCUGAUGGGCCUGGGGAUGUAGAAUAUAGUGUACAUGUACUUGCAACGGAACCGGACGAUCAAUAAGUAUUGUAGUAACGGUAUCAGUUGUGCGGUCGGCCUGUUGAAUCUUGGACGUUCAAUAUGCACGAGGC